AUGGGGAGGCGAAAAAUCGAGAUGAAGAUGGUGAAGGAUAGAGGCUCCAGACAAGUUACCUUCUCCAAGCGCCGAAACGGUCUCUUCAAGAAAGCGAACGAUCUCGCUACUCUGUGCGGUUUAGAGAUCGCCAUUAUCGUCUUCUCUCCUGGCGGCAAGGCGUUCUCAUUCGGGAAUCCAAACGUCGAGGACGUCGUCGAUCGAUACCUAAAUCGCAAAUCGGAGCCGAUUCCGCCAGCGAGCGAAGGAAUGUUCGAGAAGGAGAAUGAGGAACUUAUCGAUCUGGUUAAACAAUUACAAUUGGAGAAGAAGAAGGGAGAGAUGCUGGAGAAGGAGAUGAAAUCGAGAGGAGAAUCGAUCAAAAUCGAGGAUCUGGAUUUGGACGAGCUUUUGAAAUUGAAGGAAUCGUUGGAAAGGCUGCGACAGAAUGUGAGCAUGAAAGAGAGCGAGUUGGAGGCGUCGUCUUCGUUGCUGCUGCUUGCUAAUGAACCAGUCGUGGAGGCGGAUGCGUCCGCUUCCAAAACCUCAAUUUGAGAAUUUUCCGUGCAUUUUUUUAAUUUUAUUUUGAACAUUUUAAUAUGUUUCAUGAUUUUAAUUUAGGAA